CCAAAACAGUCAAGAAGCGCUGGAAAAAUUACGUCCAGGAUGUAGAAGAAAUAUGAUGUUCACACAUCUUCUCACAGUUCUUCAAAUGGUCUCCAUCUCAAGUCCUCAAGGAGCUCACAAACUGCAGGUGUAGAAGCGCAUUUACCUUUCUGUCAAUCCGCAAAAUGCUGCAGCGUAACUGCUCCCUCGCUGCCCUUUUUACAUCUGGUGCCACAGUCCUCAAUGACGUGGGCUGCACCGACGCAGCUGUGUUGUGUGGGAUGAAUAUCUCCUGGGUGUUGGCAAAUGCAACUGCACAGGAUCUGUACUACAUGUGCUUAAGCGAAGAGGAGUACCUUUCCAUGCGUCUGGGGCCGAUGAGGUCCCCUGCAUUCCUUCCUGUCUGUGUCACCUACCUUACCAUCUUUAUGGUGGGCGUACUUGGCAAUUCUCUCACCUGCGCUGUGAUUUUGCGCCACAGGGUGAUGCAGACGCCCACCAACUUCUACCUCAUGAGCCUGGCAAUAUCUGACUUGCUGGUGCUGAUGCUGGGCAUGCCAUUAGAGAUCUACGAGAUGUGGCAAAACUACCCCUUCCUGCUCGGGGAGGGAGGUUGCUACUUUAAAACCUUUUUAUUUGAGACUGUGUGCUUCGCCUCCAUCCUUAAUGUUACAGCGCUGAGCGUGGAGCGCUACAUGGCGGUGGUGCACCCCCUCAAAGUCAAACACAUGGCAACACGGUCUCACGUCAAGAGGGUCAUCAUCAUGCUAUGGGUGCUUUCCAUGCUGUGUGCUGUGCCAAACACUAGUCUGCAUGGCAUUGUGGUGCUACCUUCAUGGUUUGGACGACAGUUUCCCCGAUCUGCUAUCUGCCAUAUAAUUAAGCCCACCUGGGUGUACAACCUAAUCAUCCUGAUUUCAACAUUCGUCUUCUUCGUGCUCCCCAUGAUGAUAAUCAGCAUUCUCUACCUGAUCAUUGGUUUGCGGCUGCACAGGGACCGGAUGAUGAAUGUGGUGGAAACAAGCUUUGGACCGGAAAGUCUCACCCGGUCCCACAAGCAGAAACUGAGCAGACGCAACCUGCAAGUCACCAAAAUGCUGUGUGUGCUGGUGAUUGUGUUCGGACUUUGCUGGGCCCCCUUCCAUGUGGACCGCUUGAUGUGGAGCUACAUCGACACCUCGUCGGAGCAACACCUCCAGGUCUUCGAGCACGUCCACAUCGUCUCCGGGGUUUUCUUCUACCUAAGCUCUGCCAUCAACCCCAUCCUCUACAACCUCAUGUCCACCAGGUUCAGAGAAAUGUUCAGUCACAUAACUUGUUAUCGUAAAAGCUGGCCGGCACGCUUCAGCCAACAGAUGACCCAACGCAGCACCUUGAGUGAGAAAAUGCCCAGCAGUAUGAAAAGUACUUAGUGUUGGUCAAUGGAAAUUCAAGAACUGUAUACAUGGAUAGGGGACAAAUUAAGAACUGUGGAUAGAGAAAUGCAGAUACUAGGCCUACAGGGAUUGAGCCGUCAUUGAAUGGUUUAGUUUUGAAAAAGUAUAGAUUGUAUGACCUAUACACCACAAUUGCCAAAUCUCAUUCCAAGGUACUGCACUCAUCAACACACCAGUAGUAGAGCUUAGACACUUGAAGAACGCACAGCAAGAAUAAUUAAAGCUCAUCUGGGGGCAUGGUUUCCUUUAACGAUAAUUACGGGUAUUGAUUGGAAAAUCUGUUGACCUCUGAAAUAUUUCUCCUUCCAUGGUGAAAUGGUAAAAUCAAUUCCCCUGAAGCACAAUUAUAAUUGUAUAAGUGGCUAAAAUGUUUGUAUCCUGCUAUUAAGAAAAGCCAUUUGAACACAUUGGUUAUAUAAAGUUACAUUCAAUUUAGAGAGCAAUUAACCUUUAGGUUAUGAAUUCAGAAUAAGUUGAUUGUGUUUCAAGAAGGGUCAGCUAAGCUAAUGUUUGUCUGUCACGCUAUAAGCAAGGAUGAUCAUUCCAGCCUCCCAAUAUCGCCACCAAUGCAAGCAAGACUACAAACAAUGACACCAAUGAGUAUGAGUUACAGACUGAAGUCAUAGAGAUUGCUAAUGCAUUGGUUUGGCAUACCGAAUAUGUGUUGUGUUUUCAAGCUCAAGAGACACAGAUAGUAUAUAAUCAAUACUUCUCCCAUUUGUGCGGGACAUUAAAGUCCUCCAGCAGGUGGACCUGCAUUCUUUAUUUUCUAAGAGAAACCUUGUGGCAUUCCAAGUUAUUGUUCCUGUAUGAGACCACCUAUAUUGAGUACCCAUGAUUGACCGUCAAAUGGGAAAGGUACUCAAACAGAAGGUUAUUACUCUCUAAGUGGUAUGGUAGAGAAUGUCACAUGAAGCUGAACAGAUGUUUCCACAAAUAGACACAAGCAAAGGCUUCUUGACAAGCCACAUGAGGUGCACUUCAGAAGAAAUAAGCAAGACUCGUGAACUGUUCUCCAGUCUGCAGAAAUAACUCAAACACUAUUAGAGAGAAGACCUAUAGGACGGAAUGAAGCACAAAAAAUGAUGAGAUAGGAUGAGAUUGACCUCUCUUGGCACCAAUGUUCCAGUGAACAAUGAAAUUAUCAUAUAAAUGAUACAACAGCAUUGUUAUGCAUAGGAAAUACAACCCGUCGACUGUCUCAACAUUCCUCCAAGGGUACAGUAGUUAGAACUGACGCCUGACACCAAGAAGGUUCUGGGUUCCAUUCUUACUGUCUGGCGUUUGCAUUUUCUCCCUGUGAUUGUGUAUGGCUAACUGUUGUUGUACAUGAAAAAUAUAUUUAUUGGGUAUAAUGUGAAGAAAAACAAAUCCAGGCUGGCUUUUCAUGAAGCUUUCAUAAAAGAGUGAAUAUGAAAAAAGAGCAUUUCUCUAGGAAUGAGGAAGUGUAACGGGUAAAAAGUUAAGUAAGGCAGAGUAUUAAGUUAGGGAUCUUCACUUUGGGAUCUUGAUCACCAUGUCAGUGUUCUUUUUUUAUUAAUGACCACCCCGCUGUAUAUUAUGCUGCUUAUUACACGACUAUCUACGAAAUAUACCAAACAACUUGACUGACAAUAAUAAAAAAUAAAAAAUGUAUUAAUGUAAAAUGACGGCGGCACUGAUUGAGGUUUUCUGUAACUGUCGAGGUCUGUUCACAUUUAUUUUCCAUUAACCAGUCUUUAAACAAGGCCAGAGCCCAAACCAUGUUCCUGUUUACCUCCUGUCUGUCUUCUCCUGCUGUACCUUUGGUGUUUACUUCCUGUCUCUCUUUGGCUGAUUUCUCUGACGCAAUCUUUCUUUUACCCUCUUUCCUUCUCUUGUGCUUUUUUCUACUGGGGACAGUUUAGCCAUCCUGAAUCCAAAGUGUUGUGCUCUCCACGAAUGAAUAUUAAAAAAGUAUUCCAUGUUUGUUUUCCACAGCUGACAUUACAUUGACAGGACUUCUUUCUGUGGAUUGAUAUGACUGCACAAAGUCCCUUGAUCCUACAUAGCAAAGGUCCGCUACCCUUAGCAGCAGUCUGUUAAUAACAUGAGGUAAUGGUUUGUAUAUGGUAUUCAUAACCAGUGGGGCAGCUGAGUAAUCAUGUGCCUUGCAAACAUUUGAACUUCUUUCAAACAUCUACAAUGUGCGAUACUAGUUAUUCCGCAUGUAUAAAGUUUUUGCUUUAGAAACCGUCAGGUCUAGCGGCUCACCUGUAUUGCUUUCGAAAAAGUAAAACAUGUAAGUGUAAGUUGCUGUUUCAUGUGUUGAAUUAUUACUUAUUGCAAAUUGUAAUAAAGGCAUGUAAAUAUUCAUCUCUUUUGUUAAU